AUGCAUUUUUUGCCUGCCAUCCAACCGUCCACGUGUCGUCCAUCCCCCAUCCCUUGUUGCGCCCGCCGCAGCGUCAUCCGCGCGCAGCAUCUGGGCGGGGAGCUCUCCGCGUCCAUAGGCGCACUGAGCGGGCUGGAGGAACUCAUCGUGUGGCGCAACGCCUUCACGGGGGAGGUGCCCGCGGAAGUGGAUCAGAUGACGGCGCUGCGCCGCCUGGACCUGUCAGGCAACCAGCUAGCGGGCAGCAUCCCGUCGCUGCUCUCGCUCACCAACCUCAUGGCCCUCGAUCUGGGAGGCAACAAGUUGACGGGGCGGGUGGCGGAGAACCUAGCGACGUUGAAGCGCCUGCUGCACGUCGACCUCAGCAACAACUCCCUCGGGGGAACUUUCCCCCGCGCGCUCUCCGUCAACCGCCGCCUCACCUUCCUGUACGCGCGCACUCUCACAUGCAUGGGCACUCAUGCACGGGCGCACGGUAACCUGGCGAGCAACCGCUUCCACGGGCGACUGCCAUGGCCCAUUUCCAAGAACAUGAUCUCUCUGGUGCUGGCGAGCAACCGGUUUGAGGGCAACGUGCCGUGGCAGUGGGGGCAGCUGCAGGACCUCGAAACACUGGAUGUGAGCAGCAACAACAUCAGCGGCACCAUCCCGCUGUCCCUCGCUCACUGCACCCGCCUCCACACGCUGCUGCUACAGAGCAACAACCUGAGUGGCGAGGUGCCCAUGGGCCUGGCAGCACUGCCGCUGCAGCAGCUGAGUGUGGCGGACAACGCCCUCCGCGGCCGCGUCAAUGCCUCCUUCCACCACCUGCCGCUCGCCAGGUCUGCUCGCCUGCCCGUCUUCGAGGGCAACCCCGAGCUGUGCGUGGACCUCGCCGGCACGGGGCGGUGCAGUGCGGUGCUGCAGCGCCACGGCGCCCCUCCGCACAUCGAGCAGCGCCGCGCGUGCGCGCACGGGCAGGUGGAGCUGUGCUCGUGCGCGGACGGCGCGCAGGGGCAGCGCGCGUGCGUGGACGCCAAGGGCUUCACCGCUUGCAUGUGCCCCUCCGCCCCCUUGGAGGGUGCCUCCAGCUUCCCAGCACCCACAUCAGCAGCGGCGGUGGCGGCGGCGGUGGUGCUGGUGCUCGUACUGGUGGCGGCGCUGGUGGUGGCUGCUGUGUUGGCGCUGAGAGGGGGGCUGCGCCGCACCCGGCCAGGCGCGUGGCAGUAUGCUGGCCGCACCACCAAGGGUCAAUUCUACGACCCGGACGACUUGGAGGGGUACUCAGUGGUGCCGCCGUUCUCCGCGCUGCCGUCUUCGCUGCCCUCCUCCCUCGCCUCCAUCUCCUUCUUCUCCUCUCUCAAGCCCUCCCGCACCGCCACUGCCACCACCACCACCAGCACCACUGGCAAGUCUUCCUCUUUCAAGGCAGCAGCAGCGGCUGCAGCGGCAAAGAAGGGCCGAGCGGCGGCAGGGGCAGGGGCGACAGGCGGCAGUGCGGAUGGCGCGGAUGGCGGGAGUGGGGAGGGGGGCGUGGGGAGCAGUGCACUUGCGACUGCUGCUGCCAUCGCGAGGCGGCUAGGCGGACCCACGGGUGAGUUGGGGGACACAGAUGGUGGGGUAGGGGCAGAGACGAUGGGUGGGGUGGAGGGUCACAGCAGUGCAUCUGACCAUGCUGCAGUUCACCCUGGAAGAGCUCUCACGGGCCACCAACGCCUUCCACUCAUCCCUUUCCUCCCCCUGUCCCCCUCUCCGACCCUCUUCCCCCCUCCCCUCCCCUCCCUUGCCCUCCCUUCCCUGUGCCCACCACCAGCAACGCACCUCACCAUGCGCCAGUUCACCCUGGAAGAGCUCUCACGGGCCACCAACGCCUUCCACUCUGACUCGCUCCUCGCCACGCACGGCACCUGCCGCUCCUUCACCGGCCACCUCCCGCCCUCCCUCCUCUCCUCCUCCGCCUCUGCCUCCUCCUCCGCUUCCUCCGCCUCGCCUGACCCGGCGUCAGCCAUGCAAGGGGAGGGCAGUGAGGGGGCGGGGAUAGUGAUAAAGGAGGUGGAGGGGUCAGAGGGCGAGACGGCAGCAGCGUUUGCGGCGGCCGUGGAGGUGUUUGCGUUUGUGCGCUGCCCUCACCUCGUGGAGGUGCUCGGCUGCUGCUGCACCCCGCUGCCGGCCCCUGCUGCUGCCGCUGAUGCUGGCGCUGGUGGUGCUGGUGGGGGUGUGGGGAGUGGGAGUGGGAGUGGGAGUGGGAGUGGAGCGGGCAGGGGACCCAAGGUGUUGGUGUAUGAGAUGGCACCCAAUGGCACGCUCGACAUGCACCUGCAUGACCUGGAGGCGAGCAUGGCACCGCUGCCAUGGCCCACGCGCAUGGCCAUUGCUCUUGACGUUGCCAAGGGGCUUGCAUACCUGCACGCCAUGACGCCCCAGAUGACCCAUGCGGCGCUGACGACAGCGAGUGUGGCGCUGGACAGCGCCAUGCGCGCCAAGCUCGCCGACUACUGCCUGCCGCUGCUGCUCUCCCACCCCCGCACCCCCGCCGCCACCGCCGGUGCCGGCAGUGCUGCCAGGGGUGGUGCUGCCUCGGCGCACUCGGCGUCUGUGAACAUGGCGGUGGCAGCAGGCACGGCAGCACCGGAGCUGGCGUGGGUAGCGGAGGCAACGCCACGAGUGGACGUGUACGCGUUCGGGGUGCUGCUGCUGGAAGUCAUCUCGGGUCGACGCCCUCUCGACGCCAUGCGCCCGCCCAACGAGCAGAGCCUCGUGCACUGGGCCAAGGCACGGUUGACACAGCGGUCACUGGUGGAGCGGAUGGUGGAUCCGCUCAUUGCACGGGCCAUCUCCACCCCUGCACUCUACCAGGUGGCAGUGCUGGCAUCGCAGUGCAUCCAUUCAGACCCCGACACGAGGCCCACCAUGCUACAGGCCGUGGAGGUGCUCUCGCGAGUGCAGUCGCUGCCUCUCGAUGCCGGCACGCCCCACUCGAAGCACCACCUCCCGACAUGCGGGUGCGACGACUGCAACGGCAACUGCGCGGGCAGCAGCGGCGAGUGCGCGUGGAGCAACGGCGAAUCCCGACCCAGUGCGAGCCCGUCGUGCUGCUCCACGUCACCGUCGUACGCGGUGACGCACGCGUCCACGACGCCAUGCAUCUCCUUGGGCGACAUCGAGCAGCGCGGCCGCCUCUAUAGCGCCACGCGCGGGAUAAACCUCCCCGAGUCAACCACGCCCCUCCUCCCCACCCCUCUCCUUUCCUUCGACGCGGGUACACUGCUCCCCCCGGUUCUCGCCCGGGGAAAUUCCGCUACUUCCGCUUCCGUUUCCGCGAUAAUGGCCUCCGCCGACUCCGCGGGUGGUGAAUUCUCGUCCCCCGCGCGGGACAGUGCCGCGGGGUGGGGCUGCGGAAUGACAAGCGUCGGCACGAGUAGCAACGGCCGCGAUUCCCGUGCGGUUAACGACUCGUCGGACAAACCCGAUAUGGCCGUGAGCCGUGGAGCAUCCUUCAAGCGGAUUGUGGGCUUUGCUAUCAAGGAAGAUGGCUGUGUGAGCCCAAGAAACAGCAGAGACGCCCAGGCGCUUACAGGCUGGGAGGUCGGAAAUCGUGUUUCGGAUGCGCCGGCUAGCGCGGCGGGGUAUGAGGGGCGCGACACUUACGGAAGCGAGCAACAGGAAAAUGCUCCGCCGAGGGGCAGCGAGGGCGCGCCGCCAGCAGAGGCGCAAGUCACGGAGGAUUCGGCGCAGUCGGAGCAGGUUCCGCGCGAGAGCUUCUAUGCGGUGAGCGCGCGGAGCGCAGAGGAGCAAGCAAUGUUGGCGGCGCGGAAUGUGAAAGGGGAGUUGAAGUCCCUGACGCAGAUGGCACCGUCGCAGCGCGCGCAGAACGGGCAGCAGCCCAUGGCGGAGCAACGAGGGGUCACGGGGGAGGCGAGCUCUGCGCGGUGGUGGGUGAGCGAGGAUGGAAGCGGGCGCAAGGCGCGAGAGGAGAGCUGCAUGAGCGGGAGGCAUGGCGACUCGGCGUUGAGAAGAGACGCGAAACGAAUGUCGAGGCUGCGACACUGA